AUGCUUGAAGAAGUGGAGGAUGACUUCGAUCGGUUCUGUCGCAUCGGCAGGGGUUCAAGCAGUGAAUAUUCGCCGAAUCGUCCUGUUAGACUUGAUUUGUUAGCAGCACCGACAGAAAUUUCAAGGUACAGAGCCGGUAGUCUUCGUGAAACCCGGCACCGGCCACAUCAUCGAAAUGAUUCCUCCGCCACACGAGGAAGAUUUUCAAGGACUACAACAGCAGAUGACUUCAGCGUCCACCGUCACUCCACGUCUACUCUCAGAAGGCAUUCGCUUGCCCCAAGCUUUCAAAACCUUCGACUUAGAGGCUCCCCACAAUAUCCUAGUGAAGAUGUGUCAGACGAUAGGUCCAGUUCAAUUCGGGCACUCACACCAACAACGCAAAUGUCUCCUCGUGCAAGAAACGGAAGCUCCGGGGGUGUUAUUCCUCCUCCAAUCAACGUUUACCACGAUAUUGAUUCUUCUGAACACAGCGGUUUAAACAUAGUUCGAGUACGUUCGUUUAGACGGACCAAAGAAGGAGUUGUGAGUGAGGGUGACAGGGAUGUUUCCGUAGCGGAGGAACUAGAUAUGCGACGCAAGCUUUCGCAGGAGCUCUCUUCCCCUUCCAGGCGAAUGAGCAAAUCGAGGAGUUCGAAGAUUUCUCCUGGGGAACUAAAGUUAUCUGAUAGAUGUGAGGCUGCUAGGUCAAUACGGAAACUAUCUUUCAGUGGGGGUGGAGGAGGUUCGUGGAGCAACAAUCCAGCUUCAGACCAUUCUGACGAAGAUAGCGUUCAAACAGCAGGGCUAGGAAAUGUGUCCCAACCCUACACCGUCCAAGUGCUUGGGGCCGAGCAAGUUGGAAAGACAACUAUGUGCACACAAUUCUUAACUUCGGAGUCUCUGUACGAUGGCUUUGAUUCAGCUGACGAAGGAAACGUUUUGGAGACAGUAACGGUUGAUGUUGAUGGACAACAAACAAGUCUCCUUCUAAUAGAUAGCAACGGCAAUGAGGAAACAGAAUUUUCUGUUAUCGAUUCCGCUGAUGCCUAUCUGGUGGUGUAUGCGAUCGAUGAUCGCGAGUCCUUCAAAAAAGCCCAGACGAUUAUCUCAGAGAUUCUCGGACGCUGUAAAAUUGCCAGCGCCAUCGUCUUGGUUGGGAAUAAGUCAGACCUGGUGAGAGCACGCAGCGUGUCUCUUGAUGAAGGAAAACAUUUGGCAUCGGUCUACUCGUGUGGUUUCUACGAGGUUUCCAUUGCGCUGAAUCAUCAAGUAAAUGAACUCCUGGUAGGCCUGGUCUGGGCCAUAAAAGCGGCCAAUCAGCACGUGGAGGAGGAACGCGAACGUCUCAGCAGGAUAGCCAGCAUAAAGACAGACGCUGGGGACGGUUCUUCCUCGCAUGAAAGGACUUCUUCUUUGAAGAACAAGAUUCCUUUUCCACGCCACCACUCAGGCAUGGGGAAGGCAAUUAAACGCUUCUUCAAAAAACACUUUUCUGUCAAUGGUGUUUGA